GCGUCAUGACGCAUCGUUUCCCAAGCAAACAAUCAUCAGGAAAAAAGCCACGUUGACGACUCGCGACCGGAGAACCUUCCCGAAUUUGGACAAGAAUAAAGCCAGAAGCGGCUCGUGGAAGCGCGUGAGUCGGUGUCGACGCACCUUGGAGCCUUAAACAUGUCGUCUCCACCGAAAGAAAAGGUCGAAACCAAAGGAGGACAUCCCCCUGCAGUGAAGGCCGGAGGUAUGAGGAUAGUGCAGAAGCACCAGCCGGCUGCUACCCCUGAGCCACCGCAGAGAGAUGACGAUGAGGAGGAGUACGUGAGCAGCCGUCCACCAAAGGUCCCAGUGAUUGUGUCUGGAGUGGUUACAAAGGGCGAUAAGGACUUCACCCCGGCUGCUGCCCAGGUGGCGCACCAGAAGCCCCAGCCUUCCGUCCCCAAGCUGCACCCCCCUAAGAACAUCAACCAGCCCAUCCAUCAGCCGCGCUAGUGAGCCGGGAAGUUCACUGUGCUGCGGCUAUGCUAACUCCACCAGCCGGCCUUUCCAAUUGAACACAAUAUUUACUCCGCCAGGCACAGACGUCCUUUGGUCGAUCAGUCUUUUGUUUGGUUCUACUGCACAAUUUGUCUGCAACAGACGCCUAAGAGUACCAGUAUGGUGAUGACAUAAACCCCUCUUUAAAGCUGCUCUGCAUCGGUGCUGCACUUUUAUCUCCUCUCUUUAAUAGGGGGAUCUUAAAAGUGGUAUAGUUGAAAAUGAGUUGAUAAUUCAUCACACAUAAGAGGCAGGUAAGACAAUUAUGGAGAGGUUGUGUGUUUCAAAAACAUUCCAGCUCAAAGAAUGACGUGCAUAUUUGCUCAGAUGUUGUCUAUUUAGCUUUUGCUUGUCCCUUUCUGACUGGCAAUGUUACCAACAUGAUAUGCACACUCACCCACCCUGCUUUCAGCCAAAAACCAACGUAAUCCAGCAGUGCCUGUUAACAUCUAGCACCAUCACCACCUUUAUUUUAUUGUUUUUCAUUCACAGUCAUGUUUCAGCAGCUAAUCAGCCAAAUCCCUCUGGACAAUGUACUUCAAAAAGCAACAGGCGGCGUGUUUUCAGCAUUCAUACAAGCUUUAACACAGCAGGGCGUGCGAACCAAAGCCCCGUAUCCCCAAAAAGAGAGCAGACACUUCAAAAGAAUGCACGUAUCAGCGGGAGAAAUCCUAAAGAAACAUUCCAUCAUUAUUGUGAUUCCAAACCUGAACAUAGCACACACACACACACACACACACACACACCACCUCCCCUUUUUGCACUCAUUAGUUGCAGCACUAAUAUUCAGGAAAUACUAGACUUUGCCAAGAAUUAGGAAAAUGGUUUCCUUUUUGUUCAUUUAAAAGAGUUUUAUCUUUACUGACUUUCUCAUUUCUCGAGUUCAAUGGUUUCAACUGGAGUUUGGUAUCGGGUGUGGUUGUCAGAGUAAAUAAACGGAUACAUUGGCUGUCUGUCUUCAUAUGUCUCCUUGCGCAAAGCACAGCUGCAACAAUUAAUCAGAGAUUAAUCGAUUAUCUCCUUCAUUGACAGCAGUUUUGAUAUUUGAUUCUUUCGCUUUUCUUUUUUUUUAAUUUGAAAUGUAAAUAUCCUCUCUUCGGCCUUUUCAAAUGUGAAUAUUUUUGAAUUUCCAGUGCCAGCCAUGAAAGCCGACCUAUUAUCGUUUUGUUUUAGGCAAAAGAGGAUAUUCACACAAACCAGCUUUGACUUUGGAAACCAGUGAUGGACGUUUGUGCCUCGUUUCUGAGCUGCUGUGGAUUAAAGCACUAACUUUAGUUCAUAUUCAUCUGGUCUGCAGGGCCGGGGCGUCCCAAAGUGCUGUUUCAUUGGCCCUGGCACGUUCUAAAAAUAUAAAUAUAUUGGAAAAAGUCACAAUUUGAUGAGAAUAACAUAAUAUUAUGAGGAAAACCAACAGUACAAUAAAACUGUAAUAUUAAAGAAAAAUACUUUUUUUAAAGUCGUAAUAUUAGGAGAAAAAAUGAAAAGUAAUUUGAGGAAAAUUAUAGAACGAUGUUACUAGAAUAAAGUUAGAAUUAAGAGAAGAAAAUGUGCGAGAAGAAAGUUAAAACAGUUGGAAAAUGUAAAGAAAAAAGCAGCAGCUUAUUUAAAAAGAUGUCAUUUUAUGAGAAUAAAGUCAAAGUCAAAUAUUAAGAGAAAAUGUUGCAUUCUAGUGAGGAAAAAAGCCGCUAUUUUACGAGAUUAAACUCAUAAUUCUGAGGGAAAAUAACGUCGUUUUAGUAGCAUAGGGUUGAAAUAUUAAAGAAAAAUGGUGUUUUGGAAGUCACGAGAUGAGAAACUAAAGAAAAUCAAGUUGUGCCUUUGGAAAAAUUUGGGUGGGGAAAAAAGUAGUAUUAUGGGAAUAAAGUCAUAAUAUUCUACAAAUACAAUUUACAAAAAUUAUUUAAGAAGAACAUUGAAAUAUUUGGAAAAUGUAAAGAAAAAAACAGCAAAAAUAGGGGAAAGGGUGAAGUUGAUGCUUUUGCACAAACAUCACAAAGAUGAGAUGCUUUUUUUUCUUAAAAUACAUCGAACCUCUCAGCAUAGCUCCUACGUGUGUUACGAAAUCGAAAAUGGGUAAAGUUGCUUCGUUUCAUUUUUCACCAUGUGACUGAGCCAAAGUGGACACCCCUGGUCUGGGGGGGGGUCUAGGGUCCUAACGAUGACUCGAUUAAUCCAAAAAACAAGCGUGAGGUUAAUUGAGUAAGAAAACAAUCGUUAACUUAAAUAAUCAUAACUUCUGAGGCAUUUUUCCUUAAACUUUGAAGGUUCCUCCGUGCUUAAAUAAUUGCAUCCAAAAAAGUUGCAGCCGAAUAAGCGUGCUAGUUUAAGCGUCCCGUGGUGAAUUAACUGUGGGCACAGAGGGACGAGGGCUCAGCUGGUGUUUUGGAAAUGAAACAGGAACAUCAUUCCAAGGGCCGUCCAUUUUCCUCCCCCUCCUCCCCCCCUCAAGCCACACGCGUGUCUCUAAGUGUGUGCACCAGGUGUUGUUGCGUGUAAUCCAUCUUUACACAAGCAGGUGUCCUGUCAGGUCGUGUUAGCCCAAUAAAGCGGUUGGUGCGGUCUAAAGUUGGAAAGAACCUGCUGCAGCGAGCUCACACGCCAAAUUCCAGCUGUGUUGUCUCGUCGGAUACUCGCUGCCUCUUUUGGGGUUCGGAGAUAUUAUUUCAAAAAUGUACUGUAUAUAAUCAAAGUAAAUGGAAAUACAACUAAUAAAUGCAGUCCCUUUUUUUAAUGAACUUUUUUCCAGAAUACAAUAUUAAAUGACAAAUAUUUGUAAUUAAAUUCCAUGUUUGCUUUCUGUAAAUCUCCGAAAACGAGGUCCACGUGGGGGCACCAUGCUGUUAAAUCUGUGCUCAGAAUUUAGGAGAAAGACCCCAAACUGGAGCGACACAUGGAAUGUUUUCCUAGCUGAGGUCUCAUGAAUGGAUGAUUGAGGAAGAGCCUUAAUUCCAGAUUACAAACGUCUUUUGUACGCGUGUCUGUCAGAAAGGUGCCAUGGAAGCAGCCUGGAAAAAAACAGGUUGCGUGACGUUGCCAAAAGUGGACUGUUGUGCCGUUUAUGCAUCCUGCCAGGACCCCAGGGACAGGUAGUGUGGGUUCCCCAACAAUGUUGUCUCUUCCUCUUUUUCAAGUGUCUGAGCAUACACACGAAUGACCCGAGCAUGCCUUGGACCAUCAGACGUGCACACUUGUAUAUCACACCUGUCCAAACCCCAAGCACUUCAUUGUGUGGUAUUUUGUAUAAGAGUGGGUUCAAAAGGUGUACUUCACACUGCAGCUUUCUUUUUGUCCGCUUCAGAUACAAUUCAAUGUGUUCAUUUAGUGCCAAAUCACUUUACACAUCAAGGUCACAUUCAGAAAUGAAAACCAGAGAACCAACUGAAACCCCACAUGAGCAAGCACUUGGUGACGGAGACAAGGAAAAACUCCCUCUGGGGAAGAAACCUUGAACAGAACCCAGGCUCUGUGGGGUGGGGCGGCCGUCUGUCUCGACCGGUUGGGUUCCGAUAUCAAAUAGAGUAGAGGGAUAGAUGGUAGAUCAAGCCAGGAGCCUUAGUCUGAGGAACACAGAGGAGUGUGUCUGAUAUCAGGGCGCACUUCCAACUCGAGAGAGGGUGUCUGCCCCCCGGAUUGAGUGGGGGAGAUGGUUCCACACCAGAGGGGCCUGAUAAUUAAAUGCACCUCCCACAUUUCCUUUCUGUUUGGCAGCAGCCUGUUCUCUGGCCGUAUUUCUUUAUGGAAAUUGACUUGAAAGUGAUGCCACAUUUGCUCAAUAUGUUUACUUUUGUCGGAAUAAAGAAUCUCAACCUGCA